AUGUUGGCGCUCCAGCGACAAGCAGCGCUGCAACUGUCUCGCUUCUCCACUACAGCAGCUGCUACUGCUGCUGCCAGCACCGUCGAGAGUCCGUCCAACGUGCUGCAGCUGCUAGUGCGCGACGCAGACGGUUCACGCGCGUCUCGACGUUUGCGCAAACAGGGCUUCCUGCCUGGUGUGCUCUACGGGGAGGGCGAGGACGGCAAGGACGAGCGCGUGCUGGUGUCGUUCCCUACCCGCGCUUUCCAGCGCAUGCACCGCAAACUCUGGACGUCCAUUGAGAACCAGGUGUUCCAGGUGCAAGUGGAGGAGCAGCCGCCUGUCAAAGCUUAUAUGCGGGACGUGCAGCUGGAUCCCGUCACGGACGUGCCACUUGCUGUCAACUUUUUGCGCUAUAAACCCGGACGGGUCGUGUCCAUUCCGAUCACGUACUUGAACGAGGAAGGCAGUCCCGGUCUCAAGCGUGGAGGUUUUAUCAACCACAUUUACCACGCGCUCGAGUGCACGGUUUCGACGGACGAUGUUCCAACCACCUUGCAGAUCGACGUCAAUGGGCUGCACGUGGGGGACAAGGUGUUCCUGGAGGCCAUCACGUUCCCGGAAGGAGUCGAGCCGAACGUUCCCGAGGGAUGUCUGGUCGCUAAAAUUGCCGGUCGUCGGGGUCUCAUCCCUCGUGUGGAGCCGGUGAUCGAGGAAGUCGUGGAGCAGAAGGAAGCAGAUGACGACGAAGACGAGUUCGACGACUGGAAUGACAUUUUCUAG